AUGAUUUGGCAGUCUGCAUCGAUGCGGCAGACUGGUUCUGCUACGCGUCCUAAUGGCCAAUUUAUGGAAAUUGGUAUUGUUGGGAGAAAAACAGGUUUAAAGAUUAAUGAAGAUAUUCAACGGGAUUCUUUUGGGAUGGAAGAUAUAGAUGCAUUUUUUUCUCAAGUUACUCCACCAUUAUUGAAUGAAAUGGCUGUUUCUGCGCAAGAAGUGUUUUAUAAGAAUGAUCAAACGAUUUCAUUAGAACAGAGUAUGGAUGUUGCUAACAGUCCGUCCCGUGACGUAUCAGAUGUCAUUGCUUCACGAAAACCGUUGAAUGCAUGGCCAGGAUCUAAACUUCCAGAUGCAUUGACAAAUCAGCGGAUCUAUAAAGGAGAAUCACCAUGGAUCAGCCGGUCUCCUGUUAAAACGAAUUUGAAGUCGCCAGCUCUUCGUGUUCCUUCGACACAGAAACGGGAAUGUCUAAUAUCGCCUAGACAAUUGGAUUGGUCAGAUGGUGUGGCUCGGCGACUUGAUUUUUCUGCUACUGCUGAGGUAGAAGAUGAGCCUGUAGAGACUUAUAAGCCUGUUACUCAAGCCCAUAUGAGUACUAAACGGGGUCUACUAGUGCAGCAGAAAACAAGACAAAAAACGUUUAGUCUUAUGAACAAUUCAGAAAGUAGUGAGGCUGAUUUACAAGAUAAUGUUGAAAAUGGCGGUUACGAAAAUAUACAAGAUUGGAAUGAAUCAUUUAAACAUGAUACAGAAGAGUCUAUAGAGAAAGACUUUAAUGAUAAAAUGGUUAGCAAACCCAGGAAAGAGUCCCCUGUUAAGAAAAGAUUGACAAACACUGAUGGUUCUCGUAAAAAACAAAAGGCAUCCCGUCCAUUACUAAAAUCGAAAAAAGUUGUAUCGAAAUAUUCACCUGAAAAACAUUCAUUUUCAUCUCAUUCUUCAGCAGAAUCAUCAGAUGUUUCUUCAAAAAUAAUUACAAAAACUAAGAUGGUCAAAAAGCAUUCUAAACAUUCUGAUUCUUCGGAAGAUUCUCCACCAACUGCUCUUUCUCCUCGUGUAAAUGCUACAAGACGAUCUUUACGGACAAAAGUUGCUCCGUUAGCUUACUGGAGAAAUGAAAGGAUUGUAUAUGAGCUUGGUGAGCGAAGAAAAUCGGGUCCUGCCAUGCCGAAAAUUAAAGAAAUUAUUCGUAUUGAUCCUAUAAGUAUACCAAGUAGGUCUAAAGGGACUGGUCGAGUGAAAAAUACUAGUUUCAAGAAGAAAAUGGCUAAACAUGAGAGUACCAGUGAUGAAGAAUGGGAAGAAAAGGUGGAUGUUGAAUGCGAAGUAAUUAAUUGGCAUGACAAAAAGCCUAUUAUUAAACGAAUUGCAUAUCCUGCAUCUUCAUAUGCACCGAGAGAUGUUGCAAAUGCAAUCAUUAAGUUUCAAAAGACGUUUGACGAGGCUCCUUUCUUUGCAACGGGUGUGAUGGACUUACCAAGAGGCGGUGAAAAGACAACAAAACCUUCUAAACAUAAUGUUAUGACUUUUGUUAUUCUUGAAGGUGCAGUAGAAGCUACUGUGCAUCAGACUUCGUUCCGAUUAAAAAGAGGUUCUCAUUUUAUUGUACCUAGAGGCAAUUAUUAUUCUAUACGAAAUAUUGCAAAUAAAGUGUCAAGGUUAUUUUUUACACAGGCAACUGAUACAUUAGAAAACGAAGAGCUGCGUGUUUAG